UCCAUCAACCACAUCAUCCUCAUGUCGACCACGCUGCGCUCGUUUGCUGCGCUGGGCGCGACGCUCACGGCCACGGGCCUUUUGUACGCGCAGCUCACGGUCAAGUCGGCGUCGUGCCAGUUUCAGCCGUCGCCGACGCUCGCACCGUACAAGGCCGCGCACGUCGACGUGUUGACGGCGACGAUGGACGCGCCCGUCGACUUGGCCAAGUUUGCGAGCUGCUUCUUCCGGUCGCCCGUGUUCCAGGCCGAACGGGUGCUGCUGCGCCUCCUCGGCUACGGCGCGACGACCGACGCCGCGAUCGCACGCCUCGAUUUCGAGCCCAACGACGCGGUCGUCGUCUUCCGCGUCGUCGAGCGCACGCCGGACGAGGUCGUCCUCGCGUGGGCGCUCUCGGACGACACGCGCGGCCACUCGUGGCUCCACGUGGCCGACGACGGCCGCUCGAUCGAAUACGCAACGAUGUUUGAACCGACGCGCGCAGUGCAUUGGGCGCUCGUGCCCUUCCACCUUGUGUACGCCCGCGUCGUGCUGGCCGCCGCGCGCUACCAGUACAACAAGGAGACCGUGCCCACGUACGAGCCGUAGCC